CCCAAAUGUCGCGGUAGUUAUAUUUCCCACAAUCCCUUUCUUCUUCCUUUCCGUCUGAACCAACAUGCCCAAGGGAAAAAAGGGGAAGGGGAAGAAGGUGGCACCAGCCCCUUCAGUGGCCAAGAAACAUGAGGUCAAGAAAGUUGUGAACCCCCUGUUUGAGAAGAGACCCAAGAACUUUGGCAUUGGUCAGGACAUCCAGCCGAAGCGGGAUCUGACCCGAUUCGUGAAAUGGCCACGUUAUGUCCGGCUGCAGCGCCAGCGAGCAAUCCUGUACAAGCGACUGAAGGUCCCACCUGCGAUCAACCAGUUCACCCAGGCCCUGGACCGCCAGACUGCUACCCAGCUGUUCAAGCUGGCCCACAAGUACAGGCCCGAGACCAAGCAUGAGAAGAAACAGAGACUGCUGGCUCGUGCUGAGCAGAAGGCUGCUGGAAAGGGAGAUACACCCACUAAGAGACCACCAGUACUGCGCGCAGGUGUGAACACAGUGACCACACUUGUGGAGAGCAAGAAAGCACAGCUUGUCAUUAUUGCUCACGAUGUGGAUCCCAUUGAGCUGGUGGUGUUCUUGCCUGCUCUGUGCCGUAAAAUGGGCGUCCCAUACUGCAUCGUCAAGGGCAAGGCCAGACUGGGCAGACUGGUGCACAGAAAGACCUGCACCUCCAUCGCCUUCACACAGACCAAUCCCGAAGACAAAGCCGCUCUUGCUAAACUGGUGGAGGCCAUCAAGACCAACUACAAUGACAGAUACGAGGAGAUCCGUCGUCACUGGGGAGGAAAUGUCCUGGGUCCCAAGUCAACUGCUCGCAUUGCUAAACUCGAGAAGGCAAAGGCCAAGGAGCUGGCCACUAAACUGGGUUGAGCUGUCUUGUUUAAUAAAUCUAAAAAAAAAGUUCACAA